UAAAAGUGUCUUAACUCAGAUUGAGAACUUUACAGUAGAAAUUCACUGGAGAGGCUUAAAAAAAUCAUAAACUUUGAAGUGAUUCUAAACAAAAGCAGCUGGAACAUGAGCUCCAUGUCGUCUUUGGAGUCCAAACUGAACGCCUUGCAGUGCCACUUCACCUGGGGUCUAGAACUUUCCAAAUACAAACUAAACUAUCUCAGUGAUGCACUGGAGGACAUCGCCACAGAUGAGGGAAACAUCUGGCUGGGUGACAUCUACAACCUGCAGGGGUUCAUCCAGUACAUGCUGGGCUCCUCUGAAGAGGCCCUGAAGUUCUUCAGACGAGCCACUGAGACCUUCCAGCGUCUUAAAAACUCAGAUGAAGGUCCCUGGUUGAUGGUGAACUUUGGGAAUCUGGCUUGGCUGCACCAUCUUAUGGGUGAAGAUGAGAAGAGUCAGGAUUACCUCUCAAAGAUUGAAGCUCUAAUGAGAGAAUACCCAGCUCCACCUGAAGAAGAGCUCCACCCAGAGGUCUGUGCUGAGAAGGCCUGGACCCUGAUGAAGCUUGACAAAGAGAAGAAGCUGCAGGCUGCAGAGCUCUUCCAGAGAGCAGUAAGGAUGCAGCCAGACAACAUGGAAUGGCAGAGUAGCUGCGCCAUAUUAUCAGCAGAGGUCUUUAAAGAAAACUUACAGGAACUGUACACUGACAUGCUGGAGACGCUGAAAUCUGCCAAAGAACGAGAUCCAGACAACUUAUGUAUUGCUGCUCUUUAUCUGGAGGCAGGAAGUGCAAAAGGAAUAGAAAAAAAGAAUGAAGCUCUGGAGUUGUCUGAAAAGCUGAAGAAGCUGCCUGCCAACCAUUACACUGGAAUCAGACUAUUACUGCGUCUGAACAGAAAGUUUGAAUGUGACGACAACGCUGAGGAAUUUUCAAAGAAGAACCAGAGAAAAAAGCAAGACAGAUCUGAUGCAGAGCGUCUUAAAGAGAAGAUAUUUUCCAAGGAUUUCAAACAUGACAAGAGGACGAUCGAUAAAGCAAUCGAACUCUGGGAGGAAGUGACUAAUGCCGAUCCUGAAUUUUCUCUUGAAGAUAAUAUAACUUUAGCAUCCAUAUAUGCAAAGAAAAAAGACGGGAACGCUGACCAGAUCUACAAGAAGCUGCUGGAAAAAAAUGACCUAGAUCCAGUUGGAAAACAGAUGCUUUACAACCGUUAUGCAAAACAUUUAUAUUUCUUUAAAAAUGAGAGGAAGCAGUCAAUUGAGUUCCACAUUAAGGCAGCAGAGAUUCCAGAAGAAACCUUCUAUCGAAAAAGCAGCAUCGCAGAGUUGAGAAAGUCUCUCAAUAGAAUUCGAGAUCCAGAAAUAAGACAGAAAAUAUCAUCAAGGAUAACUGAAUUUCUCAGAGAUAUUUAAGUUUCCACAUUAGCAUAAAUACUAGCUGAUUCAUUUAGAGCUGUAAAAAGUUUGUUUAGGGUUCUAGUUUGUUUCUAUUCACACAGAUUUCUCUCCUUCUUAUAUAACAUGAUGAGCAUGACCAUAAAACCUGGUGACUUUUAAUUAAAAAAGACACAGCUCCACCUAGAGUUCUGUGCUGAAAUGAACAGGACAUUGUUUUUUAACAUCAGCUUAUCUUAGUUUGACUAGAGAGGGGAUAUCCUGAGUCAUUAGAGUAGAAUAAAUAUUACUUUAUUGUCUCCUCAGAGAAAUUUGUCAUGGAAUAGAUAAAUCACAGUAUCUCUUCAGCUCUGUGAUAUUCUGGUUUUUCCAUUUCAGAGCAGGAGAACAUGACCUCAGAUCCACCUCAGCAGCAGGAAGAGGAUAGAAAGUCUUAUAGCACACAUUUCUCCCCAGUGGAGCUUGAAAUAAGAAUAAAAGCAUAUGCAGAUUAACAAAGAAUUAGCAAAAAAAGGAAAACUUACAUACCUUUGAAACGGUUAUCCAUGCCUUUGUUACAUCUCGGCUGGACUACUGUAAAGCACUUUAUUUUGGAGUGAGCCAGUCCUCCCUCGCACGUCUCCAGUUGGUGCAAAUGCAGCUACAUGCCUUUUUAAUGAAGUAUGUUAGAGGGAGCACAUGCCUCCCAUUCUGGCCUCCCUUAAUUGGCUGCCUGUGCAUUUUAGAGUUCAUUUUAAUAUAUAUAUAUUUUUUAAAUCUUUAAA